GUGUGUGUGUGUGUGUGUGUGUGUGUGUGUGAUAAGAAGAAAAAGAGAGAGAGAGAGAGAGAUAGAAAGAGAGAUUAGAGAUAAAAGAUAGAGCCAGUGCAAGAGUUGGAAGCAAAGCGAGAACAACGCUUCCUUUCUUUAUUUUCUCUCUUUUCUCUCAUUCCGAAUAGAAGAAGAAGAAGAAGAAGAAGAAGAAGAAGAAGAAGAAGAAGAAGAAGAAGAGGAGGAAUAACAACAAAAACAAGAACAAUGGAUGAUGAGGAAGAAGGUUUAGAAUGCCCAGUUUGCUUGGAGGAAUACAAUGAGACAGGCCACGCUCCCAAGAUGCUGCCCUGCCUCCACUCAGCCUGCGCGACCUGCCUGGCUGACCUCGCGGCGCCAGGGCAGGGCAGGGCGCGGGGAGGGGAGCCACAGAUACCAAGGGGGAAAGUCCUAUGCUGCCCAAUGUGCCGCGCAGAGGUGGAAACUGACCGUGUACAGACUAACAGGUAUAUCUUGGCUCACCUGCGACACCUCAGCAAACUGGAGGAAAGAAUGAAGGAGGAGAGGAAAGUGGAGGAAACAGGUGGAGGAAAAGAAGAGAGACGUGGAGAGAAGGAAGAGGAGAGAAGAAUGAGCGAAUGGAGGAAGGAGAAGAUGGAGAGAAAAAUGGCGAAAAUAAAACUGAGACAACAAAUACAGGAAGAAAGAAGAGAGAGAAGAGAGAUAAUGAGGAGAGAGAGACAGGAGAGAAGGAUUAUGAGAAGAGCUCCUCCUCCUCCUCCUCAUCCUACUCCUCCUCCUUCCUCUUCCUCUUCUCCUCCUCCUCCUCUUCUUACUCGUAAAGCUAAACGCCAUCAAGCCCCUACUCCUCCUCCUCCUCUUCCUCCUAAAACCUCCUCUUCCUCUUCCUCUUCCUCUGCUUAUCCUAACUUGGAGGAUUUCGAUGCUGUUAAGUCUUCCUCUUCUCCUCCUCUUCCUCUUCGUCCUUCUCCUCGGAAUCAUCGCCCACCUCCUCCUCCUCCUCCUCAUACUCCUCCUACUACUCAAACACCUCCUCCUCCUCCUCCUCCUCAUUCUACUACUGGUACCCCUCCUCCUCUUCCUAAACCAUCCGCCCCGCCCUGUGAAGAAGAAGAGGAGGAGGAAGAAGAGGAGGAGAUGUGGUGUAGGACGUGCCAAGAUACAGCCCUGCACUCCUGCCGCGCCUCACACAGCCUCAUUCCACUCCUCAAGAGAGAUGAAAUGGAGUGGAUAGAGAAGCAAUACCAGAGAGAGCAGGAACUGAAACUAAGACACGUCCAGGCUGAACAAGACAGGCUGCUGGCACUCAGACUGGCUGGGGUGGUGGUGGGGAGCAGGCCAAACCCGCCACCAGAAACAACACGAAAAGAAGAAAAACAAGAAAAACAAGAAGACAACGACGAAGCAGUAAGGAGAAACACACACGAAACACAAACCAACGAACACAAAAACACCCAAAACAAACCAAAUAAGAAUGAAACAGAAAGAAAAACAGAGAUAGAGAGGAACAAAGACAAGGAUACUGAACAAGAAUCCUACGACUUGAGUGAAUGGUCCUACAAACAGAUGAGAGACGUCCUUAACUCAUCCUGCGACACCCAGCUGCUCCAGGCGUGUCUCAGGGAGUUUGACUUGAGAAGGAAGGAAUACCACAGGACAGUGAAGAGGAGGAAAGGAUGUCGAAGGAUGCAAAGGAACACUCCCCAGCCUGUCACCUCGCCUUGACUGUCUCUGUGUGUGUGUGUGUGUGUGUGUGUGUGUGUGCUUUCGCCUAUUGCUUCUCUUAUAUGGAAAGAUUUGAUAUGAUUAGACACAACUUAAACUAUCAACACACAACCACCUUCCUAACCUAACCUAACCUAACCUAACCUAGCCUUCCUAACCUAACCUAACCUAACCUAACCUAGCCUUCCUAACCUAACCUAACUUGCUGUACCGGAACUUGACCUAACACAACUCCAGGAUAACCAACCUUGCACUACGCCAAGUUAAGGUUCUGUUAAGUUACCAAUCCUAAGUUAACUCGAUCUUACUUCAAACCAAACUUAAUGUAAUGCAGCUUACCUUAACCCAAACUAACCUAACCUAACCUAACCUAACCUAACCUAACUUUAACUAGCAGUAAGAUAUGUAUCCACUCAAAUUGUUGUAUAUUUGAUCAUUUUACUAGAUUAAUAAUACAGACUUACUACACACACACACACACACACACACACACACACACACACACACACACACACACACACACACACACACACACACACACAUAUCCACACACACACA